AUGCCCGCCAACACCGGACGCUGCACCUCCGGCAAGCCCAACCCAGCCCACACCGCCUGGAAGCGUGCGAACCCAGGCAACGGCCUGAACCCUCACUUGCCGCGUGUGCCCUGCACCUGCUCGGCCUUUCAGGCCAAGGACGCGACCAAGCCGGACAAGAAGUGUGUGUGCAACCAUGAUAACAAGUCGCAUAUGGCCACAUAG